AUGGUACGAAAAAUCAUCGUCCUGGACUUUAAACUUGUCCUGAAAUCUAAGCUCGUCCUGGACUUUAAACUCGUCCUGAAAUCUAAACUCGUCCUGAACUCUAAAAUCGUCCUGGGCUCUAAACUCGUCCUGGGAUCUAAACUCAUCCUGAAAUUUAAACUCGUCCUGGGCUCUAAACUCGUCCUGGGAUCUAAACUUAUCCUGAAAUCUAAAUUCGUCCUGAACUCUAAACUCGUCCUGGGCUCUAAACUUGUCCUGAAAUCUAAGCUCGUCCUGGACUCUAAACUCGUCCUGGGACCUAAACUUGUCCUGGACUCUAAGCUCGUCCUGGACUCUAAAUUCCUCCUUGGACCUAAACUCGUCCUGGACUCUAAACUCGUCCUGGGCUCUAAACUUGUCCUGAAAUCUAAGCUCGUUCUGGACUCUAAACUCGUCCUGGACUCUAAAUUCGUCCUGGGCUCUAAACUCGUCCUGAAAUCUAAACUCGACCCGGACUCUAAACUCAUCCUGGGCUCUAAACUCGUCCCCGUCUCUAAACUCGUCCUGAAAUCUAAACUCGUCCUGGGCUCUAAACUCGUCCUGGGCUCUAAACUCAUCCUGAAAUCGAAACUCGUCGUAAUAAUUAGGCAGAGUUUGGGACGAACAAUCAACAAUUUUGACCAAACAGUAUAGUGUUACAGAACGAUUACAAUUCAAGCUUUUUCAUGUGGGUUCACUCUACCACGAUAAAGAAAGAUUCUUUCCCCUGAGACACAUUUAUACGUAUAUAGGACAGACCCGGGGGUGGAGUUCGCAAUGUUCCAGUUUGGGUAAUUUCUUUUAACACCGUAUUUAAUUCCAUAAAAAAAAAAAAAAAAAAAUUUUUUGAAUCAUUCAUGUAAUUGUUUUUUUUUUUUCCAAACCCCAGGAUUUUUGUAUUAAUUAAAUGUUUUUUUUUUUUUUGCAGUUCAACUCAUCUCCUGUAUAUUAUGGAAACGUGUAACUAACGCGCAAAAAGUGUUUUUGCCUUUUUCGUGAUGAUUUCGAAAAGAUGUUGUAAUGCGUAUCAGUAGAAGUUCUUGUCGUUUUUUUUUUUUUUUUUUUUUUUAAGACAAUGUGAAGACGGCUUCCUGGAGGAGAAGGAGAAGGAACGUUCCAGAGAAUCAUAGAAUCAUGUGGAAGAAUAUAACACAGGCUUCAUCCCAAAUCCCAAAUCCUACCCCAUUUCCCAAAAAAAAAACCUCCUUCCCUUCCUUUUUGGAAAUGUAAAUGCCCCCCACUCCGUUCCUAGUGAUUGUGAUUAGUGUAGUGUGGUACUAAACCAGCAUUUAAAGGUUGUUCCCUUCAAAAGUGCCUUUUGUUCACAGAGUCCAUCUGCGUAAAACAUGAUUCUUAAAAAAAAAUGAAACGUUUUCGCCCUGUCUUUCCUGGUCCACCCUUUUUUUCACUCGUUCGAAGCCGUAAAUAUAUAUAUAUAUAUAAAUAUAUAUAUAUAGUAUAUAGUAAUACAAGAAAUGGAUGUGAUUUAGUUCUUUCUAUUGUUCAAUACUGAAGAAAAAAAAUUGUAAAGGCAAAAAAAUUCUCCUUUUUCCUUCUUUCUUGCGUUACUGGAGAUGUUGUACAAGACACAAGACGUCCGUCUUACCGCCCGUCGUAAAUCUGUUCCCUCCCCUUCCCCUGAAAACGAGGCUUUUAUAUUUGAUUUUUUUUCCCUCUUGAGCAGAAAAUCCUCGUCUGUAUGCUUGUUCUUGUUACACCAUACCGAUCUCCCCUCUUCCUGUUCUGCCGCUUCUCCGUUUCUACUGCUAGUGUAAGUGAAAUGUGGCCUGUUCGGGCUCAGGGGGGUUACGUCACGGUCACGUGAGUCCCAACCAGUGGAAGAAGGGGGCCAAUAUUUUGUCACCUGGCUUCCACCAAACUGUGUGUGAAAUGGCUUGGCUGUAAACGCAGGACAUCGGGGUGGAGGGGGAAUUCAGCAGCUCGGCGUUAUUUUACGUUUUUUUUUUAUUUAUUUGUGUUAUGAAUUUAUAGUAGUAUAUCUGACUUUUUUUUUUUUGAUGAUUUUCUAUCAGGGUACGGUCCAGAAGAUUCUCUCUAAGGGAACCAUAGACCUUAAACUAAAAAAAAAACUAUAAAAAAAAAUCCUGUAAAAGCACCUUUGUUGAUUUGGAAAAGCCAGGCUACUUUAAAGGAACAUGUUGACUGAUGACUUGCUGAAAGCACCUUAUGAGGCAGAAUGCACUUAAUGUGAAAUGCACUUAAAUAGUCACACUACACAAAACUUCCAGGGUUUCCUUGUUUUUUUUGUCCACCACAUUUCGCUCUGGAGGUGAGUUCAGGAGGCGUGUUUUAAUUCAGCCGAAGUCAGUAUUAAUAUUACAGAGGAUCAGCGAUUUGCUUACAGAGUGGAAUUUUUUCCUUUUUUUUUUAGGACAUGAGAAUAAAUAUUCCCACUCUGGCAUAACAUCAGUCGAAACUAAAUCAAUUCUAACUACCUUGUUUUUUAUUCAAACUUUUUUUUUUUUUACCUUUUCGCUUCAUUGACGCUUUCGUACUUUUCCGAGCUGCACAGGGGUUUCAGUCAUAGCGCCCCCGAGUGGAUCCCUGAGUCCUGCGUUUUCAGAAAAAAAAAGCUUGUGUUUCAGUCAUUUUAGCUCCAGACCCCUCAGAGCCCGCAGGCAAAUGUGCAUGUGUUAACUACAGAUUUUUUUUCCAUUAUAAAGAAUAAAAAAAAGUUUGUAAAGAGCAA